ACAAGAAAUAAAAAACUCCGCUGCCUGGCUCUGGCGUCGAAGACGAGUGGAUGGAAAUCACUUUUCCCAACCACGAAUAAUCAUCAACAUCGUCGCAUAGGAGGAGGUAGUUGCUGCAGAAGUGUUAGGGAGGAGUUUUUCACACCGGAAAUUUUUCACGUAAACGGAGGAAAAAGUGUUCGAAUGUCUGUUCGGGUAAUAUCUGGCUGUUCAGAAGUGUAUGAAUUUCUUUUCGCUGAUAAGCAAAUGAGAAAUUUGUUGCUAAAGAGCACACAGUAGGUGUAGAAGGAGCAGCAACACAAGAAAAAAAACUGCUGGUGGCGUGACCAAAAAAGCCUACUGGGAUUGCGUUUCUGCUGUUGGAAGAGGGACUGAAAGGAAGCGGGAAGCCAGAAAAGUGGUCUGGUUUCGGGAUAUUCCGACGUUUUGCCGCUGCUCCGCCAGGACGCUUCGGCCUACGUUUAAUCUCCGACCAGACGGUUUCAUCAUAAGUAAGCACCACAACAAAAAUAACCGAGUCCGAUUGACCUUAGGUGGCCCUUUUACUGCAGCACCGCGAUUGGUCAAUGUGUGUAACUGAUACUCCGGUGGCCAAGAUUCCGAACGAACCUCGCAGCUAGCACUCUCUAAUAAUUGACCAUUAAUCUAAUCAACCGGGCAGCAGUGGUCAAAGUUCUAGCGCGGUGCCACUAUCAUCGACGAGAGAUACCUACUUUGUUCCCAGAACAAAUCGAGCACCGAACAAAAAACUAGUUUAAUAUUCCAGCCCAAAUAGGGUAACAAGACGGGAGAAGGCGGAGCGGAGAAUAGAACAAGACCUUCCCCGUUUCGGAAGUUUGUACUUCAGUGCGGUAUGCAACUGCGGACCACUUUCGGAGAAAGACAGGCACAGGCUACAACAAUCAUCCAGCAUUGCGUUAUCAGCAGCAGACGAGAAACGACCGUGAUACUGUGACGACGUACUUUGGCGGCAAGAUACUUGAACCUUUUCUCCCGGUGCCAGUCCAGAAGGGAUCUAAAGACAGGAGAAGGUAGUACACCGACUUAGUAGUGCAGCAGCAAAGAUUAUCUUUCGAGUUUACCGAGAGCACCAUCAUCCGAUGGGCUAGGGCAAGAGAUUUCCCCGUCGAUGAUGAGACCACUAGUGUAGUGUUCAGAAGUAAAGAAUCCGAUUCCUGCUAUCGUGUGCGCUCCAGAGUCAGUGUUUGUGUGUCAGUGCCUGCAUGUAAGUUCCGGCUCUGGUUACAAACCUGUGCUCGAUAGUCUUAUCUUUAGAUUUUUAAGUUUAAAGUGCUUAAAUAUUCGCUUGUUCUGCGAAGGUGAAUCAUCCCCGUAGCCUAGCGCGUUCCAGAGAGAAAUUGUUUUGGAAAAAAAUCAACAACUACACAACCAAACACCACUUAACUAGCAACCUCGAUCCGAAAGCUUAAUCAUGAUAACACAACCAUGUCGGCAGCGAUGAAUACCAUAGUGAUAGCUCUGGCAAUUGGAAUACUGGUGUUCUGGUGUGGCAAAUGGGUGGUCCACGCAAUGGCUAUCACCUAUGGCAAACUGAAACUCCACAAGAAAACCGCCUCGCCAACGGCACAGCCUCGAGAAACGCCGUACCCAUCGGUGUCGAUCCUGAAGCCCCUGAUGGGAUCCGAUCCGAACCUGUGCAGCAAUCUGGAAACGUUCUUCCUGAUGGACUACCCGACUUAUGAGCUACUGUUCUGCAUCGAAUCACCCGACGAUCCGGCCAUAGACAUAGUCAAUCGACUACGAGAAAAGUACCCGAACGUGGAAACCUCCCUGCUUCUAGGAGGAUCAAACGUCGGCGUCAAUCCGAAGGUCAACAAUCUCUACCCGGGAUAUCUGGUAGCCCGGUACGAACUCAUCAUGAUUUCGGACGCUGGUAUCCGAAUGAAAAGUGACACCCUAACGGACAUGGUCAACCACAUGACCGAUCGCGUCGGCCUCGUCCAUCAGAUGCCGUUCGUGUGCGACCGCGAAGGAUUUGCGGCCGCCUUCGAAAAAAUCUACUUUGGUACCGUCCAGUCGCGGAUAUACCUGUGUGCUGAUCUGCUGGGCAUCAACUGCCACACCGGCAUGUCCUGUCUGAUGCGCAAGGAUGCUCUGGACGAGUUCGGCGGCAUACAAUCUUUCGGGCGGUACCUCGCCGAAGAUUUCUUCCUAGCGAAAGCCUUCCACGACGCCGGCUGGAAGCUCUCCAUCAGUAGCCAACCGGCUUGGCAAAAUUCCGGCAUUUGUGAUAUUAGCAGCUUCCAGGCCCGGCUCACCCGGUGGGCCAAGCUGCGCGUAGCAAUGGUCCCCACGACCAUACUGCUAGAGCCACUCUCCGAGUGCAUCAUCGUUGGCAUGUUUGCCUGCUGGGCAGCAAAAAUUCUGUUCCGAUGGAAUCCGCUAGUAUUUUUCCUCAUCCACACUCUCUGCUGGUUCCUGUCGGAUUGGAUCCUCCUCUCUAUCAUCCAGAACGGGUCCCUUCCCUUCAACAAGUUUACCUUCUUUGUCGGGUGGUCCUUCCGGGAGCUCAGCGGUCCGUACCUCUUCUUCAACGCCCUCUGGAACCCGGCCAUCAGAUGGCGAACCCGAGUUUAUAAAUUGGAAUGGGGUGGAAUUGCCUACGAACUCACCUCUCAAAUCAAAUCGUAGCUCAUCCACGAAAAUCAUCAAACACAAAUCGAAACCCCCCUUUAUUCUGUUGUAUAAAGUUUAUUUAUAAACCAUUAAUUCGUUAGUUUUGGCUAGAAAGUAAUAAAACAAAACCAACCUUAGUCGCUAAGUCCAUCACCUUCUUCUGUUUAUAUCCGUUAGGUUUGUUCUUUUCCCUUUCAAUUCAUGUGUCGUACUCAUCUUAUGUAAAUACUUAAAAAUAAAAUAACGAAAUGCAAAUCAGCUUAUAAUUAAUAAUCUAGACAACGCGAACCAUAAAUUGUCGGCUUUUUUUUGUCUGUGUUGUCUAGAUUAUUAUUUUUUCGCUGAUUUGCAUGAAUCAAUUUCUAUUAUUGUUAAAACAAAAAAUACGCGAAAACCAGCAAAACAGCGCAUCUUACAUGGAAGUAGAGUUCCAAGAAAAUAAAUUUACCAAAUUCUCAUACGAAAAUCUAA